AUGCCGGGCCACACCUCUUCAUCGCCCUUGGUCAACCUGCCCCUUGACGUCCUCGUCCUCAUAUUCCCGCGCCUGGACGCCAAGAGCUUCCUCGCCCUGUGCAGCACCUGCAAGGCGUUCCAGCAGCCCUCGAUCCGCCUGGAUCCCAGCUACUGGAGCGCCCUCACCCGCGACACCUUCCGGGUGCCCAACCAGCCCAUCGUCCAGCACGACGGCCUGCGCUGGCAGAGGAUGUAUCGCCGCCUCCUCCGGGACGCGCGCGCCUUCACCUGGGGCGAGAACGGUAGCGGCAGGCUGGGCCGCAACUCCCGCCAGGUGCCGGAUCCAAACGAGAUGGAUGCCGUGCGGGGCUUGGGGAUAAUUGCCGACAUGCAGUGCGGCGGCUGGUCGACUACCCUUUUGACGUCUACCGGCGAGCUGUAUUCUACGGGUGUCCUGGACGGCGAGAGCAUGUAUUAUGGAACCACCCGAACACAGGCCACGCGACUCGGGUUUCCAGAUUCUCGAGACCAAAACCUCAACCCUGCGACCCUUAGCAUCCGUCAGUUCUCGUCGGGAAGAAAGCACAUCCUGGGUCUUUCAGACACCGGCCGCAUCUGGUCUUGGCAUGAUUCCACCAAGCCUGCCAGGCACAUUUUGCUGUCUGGCGUUGAUAUCACAGAGAUUGACACGCCCCAGACAUCCGGCAGGGACCGUGGGCGUGUGAAGCGAGUAGUUGCAGGCUGGAGCCGAAGCUCUGCAUAUAUUCAGGGCCAUGGUAUCGUCGUUUGGAGAGAUGUUUUUGGCAUCAUGGACAGAAGGGGUGGAGAUGGUGGUGAUGAUAUCAUUGACAAUGACAUUGUCAUUCCCCGGACUAGUUACCAACAUGGAAUAGAUCUCGCUGAUCAGUCGGAAGCGGACCGUGCAGUCGGUCAAGAAGUUGGGGUCGUUUGCAAUCACAUCGUGCUGGCCGACUUUGUAGUUUUUGUCACCGACUUGGGCAAGGUCUUUUGCGUCAAGCUUCAGCGUGAUAACCAGGUCGAGGACAUCCUGGAACUCCGCGCUCUGCGCAGCAAAGACUCUGUGGUGGACAUUCAAGGCUCACAUCUACGGUUUGGAGUUCUCAAGCGCGACGAAGUUGUCAUAGUCCACCAGGACUACCUCCAAGCCUGCUGGGACGCCCGCGGAACGAAUCCAGAGCAGACGGGGAUCUCGGGGCUGCUGAUGAUUCCGGCACUCCAGAAAGGCGACGUUAUAUCCUUAGCCUUUGGGGACUACCACUUCCUGGCACUGCACGCCAACGGGCGCAUCACUUCGUACGGCACCGAGUGCUACGGGUGCGGCUCCCUUGGCUUCGGCUACCCCGGAGGCGCCGGUUUCUUGCGCGGCGUCCGUACACACCGUGGCGAUUGUAAACUUUUGCCGCACGCAUACACGAAUGGCCGACGCGUCGUGUUUGGAGAAGCCAUGAUGUCGUGGCUGUCAAGCAUGCGGUUUGGCGGACCAGACCCCGAAGAAGCGAUGGAUCGUGCCAGGAGCGUCGAUCCGGGUGACAUGACCGUCCAAGGAGAGGUAAGCGAGUGGAUCGAGCAGCAGCUGCAAGUAUGGGAGGAUCUGCCGGACCAGAUCGGCGACGAUGGGCUCGGCAGGUAUUUUGCGCUCGGGGUCUGCGCUGCCGGAUGGCACUCCGGGGCAUUGCUUCUGGUGAACGACGAACUAGGUAAUGAAAUACCUGAAAUGUUCAGGGACAUGAGGUUUCCUCGACUACGUCUCAGCGACGGCAGGGAGAUGGAGGGAACAAAGGACUUUGACGAUUGGCCUUUUGGACGCCCAGAAUGGGAUCUUAGCAUUCGUCUGUAA